UUCACACUGCACUAGCCAUCUCUUGAGUGGCCCUUGAGUGGACGGCCGCCACAUCAUGCGCCUGCUCUGUCUCCAUGGGAUGUUUCAGAACAGCGCGGUGUUCCGGAGCAAAACGGAGCACCUGCUUCAGUACUUGCCCCGUGGCGUCGAGCUCGUCUACCUCGAUGGACCUAUCAACCUCGUUCCGAAGGCAGUGACCAAACCCAUUGACACUAGUGACUUCAGGGCGUGGUGGAAUCCUCAGGAUGGAAUGAGCGUCCAGACGCAGCGACAAGUUAUCAACUAUGUUGCCAACGCUGUGAGCAAGGGUGGUCCGAUCGAUGGUCUAGUGGGAUUUUCACAAGGAGCCUCCUUGGCGUCGUGGUUGUGCUCGGAGGUUGCUCAAGAGGACCUGGACUGGUCUCCGUCUGUCGCAAUCUUUCUCGGUGGCUACGUCAACCCCAAGGACGGAAUUUUUGCUCGCGGUCUUGUGCCGGACGUUCGGUCGUUUCACGUGAGUGGCAUGAGCGACCGAGUGGUGCCAGCCUCCAAGUCGGAGGAGUUGGCUGCUCUCUUUGAGCAAGGCACCCAUCCCCAUCUCGUUUCCCGCCACUCCCAUGCGCAAGGCCACAUUGUUCCCAAAUGUGAUGGAUCGAUGCUCGCACUGCAGAGCUUCCUCCAAACGCCGGCAGUCGCGGCAACCGAGAUGCCCGACCUGAUCGACGUGGAGUACCGAAUGCGCAUGUCCCUUGGUUAGUUUAUGUGGCGAACGGGGCGCUGUGUCCAUGCCUCUCCGAGUAAUCUUUCGUGUUCAUUCCCUCGGGGCAGGGGCUGUGCAUCCCCAGCGCCCCUCUGUGACCCUCUAUGCCGCGUUCUCCAUCAGACUAUAGUUCCG